UGUUGUGCAACAAGGGUAGGAACAUAUGACUGGACUCACACAUGUAAAUAUGGCACGAGAUGACUGUUGUGAUUGUGACAAUGCUCCGAAAUGUUGAUGCCCGAAGAAUCCCUUCGUUGAAGUAAUCCAGUAUUUAUUGUUAAUUGAUCAGAGUGAUUGACGAGGUUAAAAUGAAUGUCACUAGGCUGAAGGAGCUCAGGAAGAGUGUCACACUCUGCAGGAGCUAUUGUUAUAAAUUGAACGAGGCACGUGUAGCCGAUUUUCCAACCACUUACGAUACACGAGGUGUACAGGAGCACUGGGAUAAAAUCUGGAAGAACAAUGCCUACUUCACCCCCAAAAAUGACUCAGCCUCCUUCAGGAUGAUCCUGCCCCCUCCGAACGUAACCGGAGUUCUGCACCUGGGUCACGCAUUGACCGUGACAAUCCAAGAUGUCCUGGCAAGAUGGCACAGAAUGAGAGGGGACUCAGUCCUCUGGGUGCCUGGGCUGGACCAUGCUGGCAUAGCCACCCAAGCAGCUGUGGAGAAGUACCUCUUCGCCACCAAAGGCAUCACAAGAAAGCAAAUGGGAAAGGAGGAGUUACUCUCAGCUAUUCAGGAAUGGAAGACAACCAAAGGGACGACUAUCGUGACUCAACUGAAGUGCUUGGGAGCUAGUUUGGAUUGGUCCCGAGAGUAUUUCACAAUGAGUAAAGAACAUAAUGCCGCUGUGACAGAGGCCUUCAUCACUCUGAAUGAGCGGAACCUCCUAUAUCGCAAGAAAGAUCUGGUCAACUGGUCACCAGCCCUCCAGAGCACCAUCUCAGAUAUGGAGGUGGAACUCCUGGAGGUCUCGAAGAGAACUGAAAUUCUCCUACCAGGGUAUCAGAGGAAAAUUCCCUUCGGUGAAAUGGUGGAGGUGGCCUUUCAAGUGAAAAAUUCUGACGAAGAAGUAGUUAUAGCGACGACUCGGGUGGAAUCGAUGCUGGGGGAUGCAGCCCUUGCUGUCCACCCCGAGGACGCGAGGUACUCCCAUCUAAUUGGGAAAGAAGUAUUUCAUCCGCUGAGAGAAUGCUUCAUUCCGGUCAUCGCGGAUCUUUCGGUGAGACGAGAUUUUGGCACUGGGGUUCUGAAGAUAACACCAGCUCACGACCGAUUGGACCUCGAAAUCGGCAGAAAACACAAUUUAGAAUUAAUAGAAGUGAUAAAUGAAGAUGGAACGAUGAACGAUCGAGCGAAGUCUUUCAAGGGCCUCCAGAGGUUCAUCGCGAGGCAGAAAAUCCUCGAUCACCUGGCGGACAAAGGGCUGUUGCGAGCUGUGAAGGAUCAUCCCAUGGUGAUCCCCCUCUGCUCCAGGUCUGGAGACGUUGUGGAGUACCUCAUCAAAGAGCAGUGGUUUGUGAGGACCCAGAAAAUGGCGGAGAAACUGCUGGCAGCCACGAAAAACAAUCUCCUGAGAAUAGAGCCGGGGAAAUUGGAGGAGCUCUGGAUCGAGAGGCUGGAGAACACAAAAGACUGGUGUGUGUCCCGGCAGCUCUGGUGGGGCCACAGAAUCCCUGCCUUCAAAUGCUCGAACUCAUCUGAGACCCGUUGGAUUGUUGCUCGAACGCUUUCAGAGGCUCAGGAGAUCGCGAGCAAAUUUGGAAGUGGGUGGGACGUCCAGCAGGACGAAGACGUCUUGGACACCUGGUUCUCUGCUGGAUUAUUACCCCUGUCUGCCAUGGGAUGGCCCAGAGUAAAUUGUCGUGGAUUUUAUCCGCUGAGUCUCAUGGAGACCGGACAUGACAUCAUGAGCUUAUGGGUCGCGAGGAUGGCGAUGCUGUGCGACGAGCUGACGGGGCAAUUGCCCUUUGAGGAAGUUCUUCUACAUGGAGUUCUCUGCGACGCACAGGGCAAGAAGAUGUCCAAGAGUUUGGGAAAUGUAAUUAAUCCGGAGUAUGUGAUCGAUGGAAUUAGCCUCGAGGAGUUGAAUAAGAGGGCGCAGGAAAGCUUUGAUACUGGGGUAUUGAGUAAGAGUGAACUCAAAAGGACGCUCUCUGUUAAUUCUAAGACGUUUCCGGGGGGAAUUCCCGAAUGUGGAGUGGAUGCACUGAGAUUCACGCUUUGUGCACAUAAUAUCAAGAGUGAUAGGAUCAGUUUUAAUGUUAUUGAGUGCAAAACUAAUAAACAUUUUUGUAAUAAGAUCUGGCAGGCGUGCAGAUAUGUUCUUCUAGUCACCGAUGAUGGGGGGAUUGAGCAACCCACGAGUCUAUCCGCUGUGGACCAAUGGAUUCUCAGCAAAAUGGAGCUGAUGGUCGAGAGGGUCAAUCAGAAUUUCGCGGAGAGGAAUUUUUAUCGAGCUGUUAAUGCUGUUAGACAAUUCUUUUAUUAUGAAUUCUGUGAUUUUUAUCUCGAGGCAACCAAGUUCGGAUUGAAGAAUGGGGAUAAGGACACUGUUGAGGGGCAUAAGUGGACCCUGGGGAAGUGUUUGGAGGUAUCUUUGAGGGUGCUGGCUCCGGUGAUGCCAUAUCUGAGCGAGGAUUUGUAUUCAAGGUUGGGGAGGAAACUUCCGGGAUUUCUGGAUGUUCCUUCGUUGAUGGAGGCUCCUUAUCCCAGACAGGGUGAGGUGGGCCAACGGAAUGAGGUCCUGGAACAACGGUUUGAGGAUAUAUUGAGAGUUGUGACGAGGAUGAGGAAUAUUCUGAGCCAAGUUAGCAGGAAAUCCCUCUUAGAAGUUCACGUUGUCCUGGAGGAAGACGAAAGGUAUCAACUGUUCGCUGAAAAUAUUAACUUUAUCGUUGCAACGACGAGAGUUCCAAAUUUGAAGAUUGUGCGGAGAGAUGAAUAUAUUGUUGGUGAGGAAAGUGUGUGUCAUGAAGAAGCUGAUUGUAAGUUGUAUUUUGUAUUGAGUGAUAAACAAGUUGAAGAUCAGAUGAAGAAGAAAAUACUCUCUAUGUGA